UUAUCCAGGCUACGCCUGCUGCUUACCUGGAUACACCUGAGCUCACCUGAGCUUGCGCAGGCGCCGCCUUUUUUUUCUUCCUAGCCCACUGCACCCUUCUCGCCUCCCUGCCCCGCCCGUUCCUGGAGGCGCAGGCGCACUGGCGCUUGCCCGGCAACACUCCUGGGAACUCGGCUCAGCGCUGUCAUGGCGGCAGAGAGCGGCAGCAAUCGCUAAGGCAGGCAGGAAGCGAUGGAGGCGCGCACCCGGGUGGCUGCGGAGUGAGGGCGGCGGCACAGAAACUUCAGAGGCCACGGACCGAGUCCCGGUGCGGCAGGAGAGAAGCCGAUAUUCUUUGCAUUGAAAAAGGAGAAGAAGAAGCUAGAUAUUGUGUGUUCAGGUGCUUCAGAAACUGCACCUGAAGAAGACCCAGGCUAGAGGCUGAACUCCUUACACUUUUGGAGCGCUGGUGUGCACGGACAGUUUUGAAGCGAACUAGCUAUGGCUAGCGAAGGCAAACAGGCUUCCUUUCCUCCGCCAACAGGUGAUGAUGGAGGAGGGGGAGGCAGUGCUGGAGGGGGAAAAGAAGGCAACGCAGCUGAAAUGCAGAACAAGCUGCAGCCUUUGAAUCCAGGAGUCCCAAUCCGUGGCAUCCGGAUGAAAUUUGCUGUUCUGGCAGGACUGGUGGAAGUUGGCGAAGUAUCCAAUAGGGAUAUUGUAGAAACUGUGUUUAAUCUGCUUGUAGGAGGCCACUUUGAUCUGGAAAUGAACUUUAUCAUACAAGAAGGUGAGAGUAUUACCUGCAUGGUGGACUUGUUGGAUAAGUGUGAUGUCACUUGCCAGGCUGAGGUGUGGAGCAUGUUUACAGCCAUCCUGAAGAAAAGUAUACGAAAUCUGCAAAUUUGCACAGAAGUUGGUCUUGUUGAGCAAGUACUUCAGAGAAUUGAUAAGGCUGACAAUAUGAUUGCAGAUCUCUUAGUUGAUAUGCUUGGAGUAUUAGCAAGCUACAAUGUAACAGUUCGGGAGUUAAAGCUGUAUUUCAGCAAACUUCAAGGAGAAAAAGGAAAAUGGCCUCCCCAUGCUGGAAAACUGUUGUCUGUAUUAAAACAUAUGCCUCAGAAAUAUGGACCUGAUGCCUUCUUCAACUUUCCAGGAAAAAGUGCUGCAGCUAUUGCCUUACCUCCCAUAGCCAAGUGGCCCUAUCAGAAUGGGUUCACCUUUCACACUUGGAUAAGAAUGGAUCCUGUGAAUAAUAUCAAUGUAGACAAAGAUAAGCCUUAUUUAUAUUGUUUUCGAACAAACAAAGGACUGGGUUAUUCUGCACAUUUUGUGGGAGGUUGUUUGGUUGUCACCUCGAUUAAAUCAAAAGGAAAAGGCUUCCAGCACUGUGUGAAAUUUGAUUUCAAGCCACAGAAGUGGUACAUGAUUACUAUAGUGCAUAUCUAUAACCGUUGGAAGAACAGUGAGCUGAGAUGUUAUGUGAACGGGGAAUUAGCAUCUUAUGGAGAGAUAAUAUGGUUUGUCAAUACAAGUGAUACAUUUGACAAAUGUUUCCUGGGCUCUUCAGAAACAGCAGAUGCCAAUAGAGUGUUUUGUGGUCAGAUGACAGCUGUUUAUCUUUUCAGUGAAGCACUCAAUGCAGCUCAGAUUUUUGCUAUUUAUCAACUUGGUCUGGGAUACAAGGGAACAUUUAAAUUCAAGGGGGAAAGUGAUCUCUUCCUUGCUGACCAUCACAAACAGCUGCUAUACGAUGGCAAGCUUUCAAAUGCUAUUGCCUUUACAUACAAUCCAAGGGCUACAGAUGCACAGCUCUGCUUAGAAUCUUCACCCAAGGACAACCAUUCAAUCUUUGUUCAUUCACCACAUGCCCUCAUGCUACAGGAUGUAAAAGCUGUCGUAACCCAUUCUAUCCAAAGUGCAAUGCAUUCAAUUGGAGGAGUGCAGGUGCUUUUUCCUCUGUUUGCACAGCUGGACUAUAGGCAAUAUUCUUUGGAUCAGCCCGACACAACUGUUUGUUCCAUUCUAUUGGCUUUCAUCAUGGAGUUGCUGAAGAACUCAAUUGCUAUGCAAGAACAAAUGCUUUCUUGUAAGGGCUUCCUUGUAAUAGGAUACAAUCUUGAAAAGUCUUCCAAAGCACACAUUAGUAGAACUGUUCUAGAUCUUUGCCUUGCCUUUGCUAAGUAUCUGAGCAAUUUGCACCACGGAGUGCCCUUGCUGAAGCAGCUAUGUGAUCAUAUUCUUCUUAACCCUGCAAUAUGGAUUCAUACUCCACCCAAGAUUCAGUUGAUCCUGUACACUUACCUAUCUACUGAGUUCGUUGGAACAGCUAACAUCUACAAUGCAAUUCGACGAGUUGGGACAGUUCUCCUGGCAAUGCAUACUUUGAAAUAUUACUACUGGGUGGUGAAUCCUCAAGAUCGCAGCGGAAUUAUUCCCAAAGGCUUAGAUGGAGCCCGGCCUAAUCAAAAAGAAAUUCUUUCCUUGCGAGCUUUUUUGUUGAUGUUUGUUAAGCAGUUGGUGAUGAAGGAUCAUGGAGUGAAGGAAGAUGAACUCCAAGGCAUCCUCAACUAUCUCCUCACUAUUCAUGAGGAUGACAAUUUAAUGGAUGUCCUACAACUUGUCGUUGCUCUCAUGUCAGAGCACCCGAGUUCUAUGAUCCCUGCCUUUGAUCAGAGAAAUGGGUUACGUGUUGUCUACAAACUUCUUGCAUCAAAAAGUGAAGGGAUCAGGGUACAGGCUCUAAAGGUCAUGGGCUACUUCUUAAAGCAUCUUGCACCCAAGAGGAAAGCUGAAAUCAUGCUUGGCCAUGGAUUGUUCUCUCUACUGGCUGAGAGGCUUACUCUCCAAACAAGUUUGAUUACCAUGACAACAUACAAUGUGCUAUUUGAGAUUCUUAUUGAACAGAUUUGCACUCAGGUGAUACAUAAGCAACACCCUGACCCAGAUUCAACAGUGAAGAUACAAAAUCCUCAGAUCCUGAAAGUUAUUGCAACCUUGCUGCGCAAUUCUCCGCAGUGCCCAGAAACUUUAGAAGUCCAUCGAGUCUUUCUCUCAGAUAUGAUUAAGCUUUUUAAUAGCAGCAGAGACAAUAGGAGGAGUUUACUGCAGUGCUCUGUGUGGCAGGAAUGGAUGCUUUCCCUUUGCUAUUUUAAUCCCAAAACCUCUGAGGAGCAGAAGAUAACGGAAAUGGUGUAUGCCAUUUUUCGAAUUUUACUUUAUCAUGCAGUCAAAUAUGAAUGGGGUGGCUGGCGUGUUUGGGUGGACACUCUAGCAAUCACACACUCAAAGGUAUCUUAUGAAAUGCACAAAGAAAGGCUUUCACAGAUGUUUACAGAAUAUCAGCAAAAAGAGGGGUGUGGUGCUGGUCCAUCAACACUGCUUAGAACUAUCUCAGGGACUAGUAAAGAUACUGAUGUUACAGCAAGACAUCCACAUUUAGAAAUAAAAGAAGUUGAUAUUUCUGCAAAUGAUGUUGGAAAUGGUAAUAUCAAGAAUGGUACUUUGACAGAUAAAGACAGAUUAUCCAAUUUUGAAGAAUCAACUAAAACUAAUUCAGAAUUGAAUGAAGAGAAAAGAACUGAAAUGGAAAAUGAUCAGAAAACCCCUGAUUUUAAUAAAGCUCCUUGCUUAGAACAUCAGGUUGAAACGAUAAAACAGGGCUCAGAAGGCACUUCUGGAACAGUUGAAACAGAUAAUGAGGAUGAAAUGGUCACUAUCACUAAUGCACAGUUACCUUUAGAAAAUGCUAAGGGAGAGGUGCUUGAAAGCCCAGAGAUGUUAGGAAAGCUGACCCCAGAACUGGAGGAGGAAGAGGAAGAUUUUGUUGAUUUAAAAGAGGAGAGCAAUCUACCCUUUACCUCAGAGGAAUGUGCUCCUAAACCUGGUGAAGACCAUUCCAUGGGAGAAGGUCAGGGGACAUUAGCAAUAACACAGAAUACUAGUACAUCAGAAGAACCUGUUUCUGUAGCUUUAGAAUCCAAAGGUAAUGAGGCAUCUGUGGAAACAGAACAAGAACCAGAUUCAUUGCCAGAGAUCAGUGUUUCUGAAAUAAACGAUGGAAGAACUCAACCAAUUUCAAAUGCUGUGGAGAAGAUAGAUGAAGAAAAUACUGACCAUCCUCAAACCAAAACAACUGUAAAUAAUAUGCAACCACAUGCUUCAGAAACAUUGGUGGUUUCAGACAAGAAAAUAGCAAAACUUGAUGUUUCCAGUGUUGCAUCAGAUACUGAAAGACUGGAGUUAAAGUCCAGUACAAGUCUGGAAGUCAGUCAGCCCCUUCGGUCAAUUCCUGAGACGUCUAGACAACAAGAUCAAAGUACAACAGGAGCUAUGUCAGAUGGACAAAGAAGAGAUUCUAGGUCUACCAUGUUUCGUAUUCCUGAAUUCCGGUGGUCACCAAUGCACCAGCGGUUACUCACUGACCUGCUCUUUUCAAUUGAAACAGAUGUACAAAUGUGGAGAAGCCAUUCUACCAAGACAGUGAUGGACUUCGUGAAUAGCAGUGACAAUGUUAUCUUUGUACAUAACACAAUUCAUCUCAUCUCCCAAGUGCUGGAUAAUAUGAUUAUGGCUUGUGGUGGCAUAUUACCUUUGCUUUCUGCUGCUACAUCUGCAACGCAUGAACUGGAAAAUAUUGAGCCAACUCAAGGAUUGUCAAUUGAAGCUUCUGUAGCAUUCCUCCAGAGAUUAAUCAGCCUUGUAGAUGUAUUAAUAUUUGCAAGUUCCCUUGGAUUUACAGAAAUAGAGUCAGAGAAGAAUAUGUCAUCAGGUGGAAUAUUACGACAGUGUCUUCGACUUGUGUGCGCAGUGGCAGUCAGAAAUUGUUUGGAGUGCCAGCAGCAGCAGGCACUAAUGAAGUCUAGUGGAGAAAAUGUUAAGUGUCAGAAAACAGUACAAAGCCUGAUAGCAGCUGGAAGGUCUGGAGCAAAGAGCCCAGUUGAUAUUGUGACUGGAGGAAUUUCUCCCAUAAGAGAUAUCGACAGACUUCUGCAGGAUAUGGACAUUAACCGGCUUCGUGCGGUGGUCUUUAGAGAUAUUGAGGAUAGCAAACAGGCACAGUUCUUGGCCUUGGCUGUAGUAUAUUUCAUCUCUGUCCUCAUGGUAUCAAAAUACAGAGAUAUUCUGGAACCUCAGGAUGAAAGGAAGCAGACUCAGUCUAUUCAGUCUCUCAAGGCAUCAAUAACAGAAAGCCCUCCUGCAGCUAUUGCCAGUUCAGUUUCUGCAUCUAAUGAGUCAGAAGGUGUCGUGUCUGUACAAAGAAGAGAUUCUGGUAUUGAAGAGGAAGGACAUUCUGAAUUAGGGCACAAUUCUGAGGCUGGCACAGAAGCAGAAACACAUUCUGUGAGUGUAGGCCCAGAUGCAAUCAGUGAAGUAUUGUCUACCCUAUCUUCAGAGGUCAGUAGAUCUCAGGAGAGCAGAGGUGAAGCACAGAGUGAGGUGGACAACAAAACUGCAUCCUCUGUACAAACUGCAAAAAAUGUAAAUGUUAAGGAUAUUUUAAGAAGCUUGGUCAGCACACCUGCAGAUGGCGCUGUGGUGGAUCCUGGUGUUCUUCCGCCAACUUUUCUUGGAGCCCUUGGAGACAGUGCAGCUGAACAGCCAGUACAGUUUCGGUCCUUUGACAGGAGUGUCGUAGUGGCGCCAAAGAAGUCAGUAGCUUCAUCUGCAGCGGCAAUUAAUGUGCCCACAAAUGCUGUCAGCGUGGUUUCUUCUUUGGAUUCUGCUCAAGCUCCAGAUGUAACAGGAGGAUCUCCUGGCAGCGGAUCUUCAAAUUCAAGAUUACCAUCUGUUCCUACAGUUUCUUCUGUGCCUGAAGAUUCUGCUUCCAACAUGAGUAUUACAGAGAGGCUUGAACAUGCUUUGGAAAAGGCUGCUCCUCUUUUGAGAGAGAUAUUUGUGGAUUUUGCUCCUUUUCUUUCUCGUACACUUUUGGGUAGCCAUGGGCAAGAGCUACUGAUAGAAGGUACAAGUCUUGUGUGCAUGAAAUCUAGCAGUUCUGUUGUGGAGUUGGUCAUGCUGCUUUGUUCUCAGGAAUGGCAGAAUUCAAUACAGAAGAAUGCAGGCCUAGCUUUCAUUGAGCUUGUCAAUGAAGGAAGAUUGUUGAGUCAAACAAUGAAGGAUCAUCUGGUGAGAGUAGCAAAUGAAGCGGAAUUUAUCUUAAGCAGACAAAGAGCUGAAGAUAUCCACAGGCAUGCUGAAUUUGAGUCAUUGUGUGCUCAGUAUUCUGCAGACAAACGAGAAGAUGAGAAAAUGUGUGAUCAUUUGAUAAGGGCAGCUAAGUAUCGCGAUCAUGUGACAGCAACUCAACUGAUACAGAAAAUUAUCAAUAUUCUGAUGGACAAGCAUGGAGCGUGGGGCAAUUCAGCAACAAGUCGUCCUCGUGAGUUCUGGCGCCUUGACUACUGGGAAGAUGACUUGCGGCGCCGGCGACGAUUUGUGCGUAACCCCCUCGGAUCGACACAUCCUGAAGCGACAUUAAAAGCAGCCAUAGACCAUGCUCCAGAUGAAGAUGUACUUGUUAAAGGAAAGCAGUCUAUCAAGAGUCAGGCUGUAGGAAAUCAGAACUCGGACAGCGAGAUUCUCCUGGAAGGCGACGAUGAUACCUUGUCAUCCGUUGAGGAGAAGGAACUGGAGAACUUAACUGGUCCCGUGAGUCUGUCUACAGCAGCACAGCUUGUGGCUCCCUGUGUAGUAGUGAAGGGAACACUUUCCAUUACCGCCUCUGAACUGUAUUUUGAAGUAGAUGAAGAAGAGCCCAGUUUUAAGAAAAUUGACCCCAAGGUACUUGCUUAUACAGAAGGACUGCAUGGAAAAUGGCUCUUCUCCGAUAUUCGAUCAAUCUUUUCUCGGCGAUAUCUUUUGCAAAACACAGCACUGGAAAUCUUUAUGGCAAACAGAGUUGCCGUUAUGUUCAACUUUCCAGAUUCUGCCACAGUUAAAAAAGUGGUUAAUUGCUUACCUCGUGUUGGAAUUGGUACUAGUUUUGGACUGCCCCAAACCAGGCGCAUUUCUAUGGCUAGUCCACGUCAGAUCUUUAAAGCAUCAAAUAUGACACAGCGAUGGCAACACAGAGAAAUUUCAAACUUUGAAUACCUCAUGUUUCUAAAUACAAUUGCAGGACGUACUUACAAUGACUUAAACCAGCAUCCAGUAUUUCCCUGGGUAAUCACUAACUAUGAAUCUGAAGAGUUGGAUCUUACACUUCCAAGUAACUACAGAGAUUUGUCAAAGCCUAUUGGUGCUCUUAAUCCAAAAAGAGCUGCAUUCUUUGCAGAGCGAUAUGAAACAUGGGAAGAUGAUCAGGUUCCAAAGUUCCACUAUGGCACUCAUUAUUCGACAGCAAGUUUUUCACUUACUUGGUUGUUAAGAAUGGAACCUUUUACAACAUUUUUCCUGAACUUGCAAGGAGGAAAGUUUGAUCAUGCAGAUAGAACUUUUUCUUCAGUUUCAAGGGCAUGGCGCAAUUGUCAACGUGACACCUCUGAUAUCAAGGAGCUUAUUCCUGAAUUUUAUUACCUCCCUGAGAUGUUUGUCAAUUUCAAUAAUUACAAUCUCGGAGUGAUGGAUGAUGGAACAGUAGUGUCUGAUGUUGAACUUCCACCAUGGGCCAAAACCUCAGAAGAAUUUGUUCGCAUAAACAGAUUGGCGUUGGAGAGUGAAUUUGUUUCCUGCCAACUCCACCAGUGGAUUGAUCUGAUUUUUGGCUACAAGCAGCAAGGGCCUGAAGCUGUCAGAUCCCUCAAUGUGUUCUACUAUUUAACCUAUGAAGGGGCGGUCAAUCUCAGCUCAAUAGCAGAUCCUGUUUUGAGAGAGGCUGUUGAAGCUCAGAUCCGAAGUUUUGGACAGACUCCUUCCCAAUUGCUCAUAGAACCACAUCCUCCAAGAAGCUCAGCCAUGCAGGUGUAUCUCCUUCUGCAGAGUCCGUUGAUGUUCACAGACCAAGCUCAGCAGGAUGUCAUCAUGGUCUUAAAAUUUCCAUCCAACUCCCCUGUCACACAUGUAGCAGCUAACACCCAACCUGGCUUGGCAAAUCCUGCUGUGAUUACUGUCACUGCCAACCGUCUGUUUGCUGUGAAUAAGUGGCACAGCCUUCCUGCUCAUCAAGGUGCCGUACAGGACCAGCCAUACCAGCUGCCAGUGGAAAUCGAUCCCCUCAUAGCCAGCAAUACAAACAUACACAGGAGACAGAUAACAGAUCUUCUUGACCAAAGCAUUCAAGUCCAUUCCCAGUGUUUUGUAAUAACUUCUGAUAACCGAUAUAUCCUUGUCUGUGGUUUUUGGGACAAAAGUUUCCGUGUGUACUCGACUGAUACAGGGAGACUGAUACAAGUUGUGUUUGGCCACUGGGAUGUGGUCACUUGCCUUGUCCGCUCUGAGUCCUACAUUGGAGGAAAUUGUUAUAUUCUCUCAGGAUCUCGUGAUGCAACACUGUUGCUGUGGUACUGGAACGGCAAAACAAAUUCCAUUGGUGAUUGCACAAAUGGUGAAUCUGCUACUCCUCGAGCCAUCUUGACAGGGCAUGAUUAUGAAAUCACCUGUGCGGCAAUUUGUGCUGAACUUGGCCUGGUAAUCAGUGGUUCCAAAGAAGGACCAUGUCUCAUACAUUCUAUGAAUGGAGACUUACUGAGGACAUUAGAGGCUCCUGAAAACUGUCUGAAAGCAAAACUUAUUCAGGCAUCAAGAGAGGGACACUGUGUCAUAUACUAUGACAACGGGCAUUUCUGUGUAUUCAGUGUGAAUGGGAAACUGCAAGCCACUAUGGAAACUGAUGAUAACAUAAGGGCAAUUCAGCUGAGCCGGGAUGGACAGUACCUGCUUACAGGUGGAGACAAUGGGGUAGUUAUGGUGUGGCAAGUGUGUGACCUCAAGCAGCUUUUUGCCUAUCCUGGUUGUGAUGCUGGAAUCCGAUCCAUGGCCCUUUCGUAUGACCAAAGGUGUAUAAUGACAGGAAUGGCUUCUGGGAGCAUAGUGCUUUUCUACAAUGAUUUCAACAGGUGGCACCAUGAAUACCAAACCAGAUACUGAUGCCGAAAAUAAAUCAGACCAGCACAUGAAGUUGCUUUCAAAUGGAGACUUGAAGCACAGCAAGUCUCUCUUCAGUAUCUUAUCUGAGCCUCAGUUCUUAUAAAUAGUUAUGUAACAUCUGAAUGUAACUUUAAAUCGCUGGGAAAUGUUAUUUUUAAAAAGUUAAUUGCUAUUUUUGUAGACCUUGCUUGACUUUUUUGGGGGUGGAAGAAGCAGAAAAUAGCUGCUGGGUUCUGUAGCUUAUAAAGAAAAUCUAUAUUUUUAGUCAUAGUAUGUCUAUUUUGAUCCAUGUAUUGGGAAAAUACCUAAAUUAAGAUGGUGAAAUUUCUUGUAUUAGCUCUAUUAUAAAACAUGUUUCUCAUAAAAUUCUUUAUAAUCUAAAGGAAUAUUUGAUUUGAAGGAUGAAAACUUGAUAUUGUACUGGAAGUUGCUUACAAUACUGGUGUUUUAACAUGGGCUGAUCCAUACCACAUUUUGUCUUUUACCUUUAUAAUGAUUGUAAUACUUCAAGCACUGAAUUUUCUGCCAAUCAAGGAUAUUUAAAUUAUGAUAAAUGUAAUUUUGUUUCCAACAGUGUGAUGAUGAAGCAUGCUUCUAAGUGUUUGGAUUUGCUUUUCCCCCGUUUGCUGGCUUGUUGUGCAAUUGAUAGAAAAAUCAGCAACAAAGCUGAUGUAUCAAGUACAAGUCCUUGUUCUCUCCUUUUCUUAUUUUAGUGCAUACCUAACUGUGCACACCCAAUCCAUGUUUUGAGAAUUUAGGAUAUAUCUUUCUAUUAUCAGCCUUUGUAACUUUUAAAAUCAUGUGCAGACUUCUGUCAUGUGCUUAUAAGCCACAAGGCUGGACCCAGAAGAUAAACCUGCCCUGCAGAAGCUAUAGAGGCAAAAGCUUUUGUUUCCAUUCUAAACACAGCUUCUGAAAGCUGCGUAGCACAAGCCAUAUCUGGUACUGUUUAUGAAACUAAGGCAUAUUUGCAACAGUCCUUACCCUAUCAUGUUGACAAUACAGAAUAGCCUCCCUUCCAGUUCGUAUGAAUUUGAAUAAAAGUUUAUACUAAGGUAACAAUGUUAUAUUGGUCUUGCUUAAAUUCUACUUUUUCUACAAGAUUGCUGUGCAGAAUAAUGUGAAAACAUUUGUGUAAAGAAUUGUACUGUUUUGUAGGUCUGUAUUACAUAAAUAUUUGUAUGUCAUGCUUUAUUAAGAUUUGAAACUUACAUUCUAUAUCUGUAUUGGAAUACAGUUUUCUUCAGCUGCUUACUUGAAGCAGUUCCCAUUGUCCCACUCCCCAGCAAUCACCUACUCUCUCCUUAAGUAAAAAUCUGAGAGGGAAAAAACUCAGUUUGAACUAAGAAAUUAAAUAAAAAGACAUUUGUAAUUUAA